AUGAACCUAUCCCGGCACAUCCAUGCUGUGUACGGCGGAAUAGUGUUUGUGCUUGGGUUCUCCACGAUUGAUGACCAGGCGGACGUGACCACCCUCCACGCACGUUCAAUAUUGAUCAACUUGAGACUCUCGGAGAGCCCGUCGGCAAUCCGAUAAGUGUCAGUAUUAUCUGUAUGCUCGUCUCAGGGCCGUGAAAGGAAACACGGCAGAUCACGGGGAUGGUAGUGCAGCGGGAGCUUUGUGGCUCACAUCCACGCCAUCGCAAGUUUGCACGCACGCCGGUUCCUCUGUCUCGUUGACUCUGUCCAUCUAGUCCUAUGUACAACAGUGUUUUUGGAGCCCUGAUGUUUCUUGUUCUUGUCCUCUGUGUACUUUCCCUGAAGUUGUCUCUUCCUCUGCAUGUGAAAAAUCGCGUUGCCCGUUGUGAUUUGAGCAUCAUAGAAUGUCUCGAGCUGGAAGAUUUGUACCCGGCAUUUGGAGAUGCUCGGAAACAGGUGUUGACAUUGAUGUGCUUGUUCAAAUCGAGGUGUUUCUCUGGGAACGUUCGUUGCUGGUGUUCUUUCCUCACGUUUUCCGGGGUUUUCUGGACCGUUUUCGGAAUCGUUACUUGAUUUUUGACACGGGACCGACCCGCUCACAACAAUAAACCUCGUGCGAAGUUGGGCCUCAGAUUUUGAAGAAUGAGAGAAGACUAUUACAGUAGAAAUUGCGCUCAUCUGAUGGCCAACAAGCAUAACUGGAGAAAAUAGAAAUCGCACGCUACCAACCUCCCAAUGACAACAAACGUGAAAGGAUGUCGUGUUAGCCAUGGAAAGCAGGAACUACCUCUGACCCUUGGCACAGCUUGACAGCGAUCAUGACCUCGGCCCAAUGAGGACGACGUCACUGCGAUGCGGCAUCCGGAUUUUCGUCCGCAGGAUUCCCCUCCAGCGAAAGUAGGCGGCGCGUUGAUUAACGAUUUGGUCUGCGCUUGAUGUAGUUGUGGUUUGGGGUGUUUCUGGGGCAGGUCAGUCGGGCGACUUCCCCAAAAACCAGCCACUUGUACGUCUACCGCGUGGUAAUGACUUGUUACCAAAGGACCAUCGACUUGAAGGGCGCAUUUAUACAUCGUAGACGAGGCUGACGCAGCCGUGGGUGCAUGGGUUUUGUUGGAGCAGAUCGACGGUUGCAAAGAGUCGGCGACACGCCUGUAGGGUAACAGCGGCAGGAUGGAUCCCCAGCGUUCGCGAUAGCGACCAGGGAUGAAUGAGGAAUACACAAGUUCGGGCCUACUUUGACGAUUGAGUUUCGCACGAGAAGGAAUUUCUCUU